AUGGUGCGCAUGACUGAUGCUGAGAAGGGGCUUGUCAAUGGCCUGUGGGGAAAGGUGAAACCUGUUGAAAUUGGCGCUGAAUCCCUGGCCAGGUUGCUGAUUGUCUACCCUUGGACCCAGAGAUUCUUUGAAAAGUUUGGAGACCUGUCCUCUGCCUCUGCUGUCAUGAGUAACCCCCAGGUGAAGGCCCAUGGCAAUAAAGUGAUCACCUCCUUUGCUGAUGGCCUGAAACACCUGGACAACCUGAAGGGCACCUUUGCCAGUCUGAGUGAGCUCCACUGCGACAAGCUGCAUGUGGAUCCUGAGAACUUCAGGCUCCUGGGCAAUAUGAUCGUGAUUGUGCUCUCCCUACACCUUGGCAAGGAUUUCACCCCCUGUGCACAGGCUGCCUUUCAGAAGGUGGUGAGUGGUGUGGCCAAUGCCCUGGCUCACAAGUACCACUAA